CGGCCUGCACUUAAAAGCGGAACCCCCGCUAUAAUUCACAGGCUUCCACCUCCCCUGGUUCUGCCAGACCCGAAUCCGCAGACCGCCCGCGUUGCACCGGACGACGAGAGAAAACUGAAGUUCGGGUCCAGCAAUCUGCAGCUUUUGCACCCGAACAUUCUCUCAACAGGUGCAACCGAGGAGGUCGUGGCCGAUUAA